AACAGCAACAUACCAGUGUAUUCCGACAAAGUGGGAUCUAGGGAGGGUAGAAUGUAUGCAGUCCAUACCGCUACCUCCGAAGAUGUAGAGAGGUUGUUUUCGAUAGACCCCGACUCAAGAUUAUGAAAAAAUCAAAUAAAAAUAUAUAAAAUUUUAUCGUAUAAAUUUGAAGUGUUGUAUUAACAUUUGAAUUUAGAUAACCCCUACUUGUUUCUAAGCACGAAAUCCAAGCUCAACAGGAGGUUGUUUGGAAGCUCAACAAUUGUCUAAGCAAUUGAAUGCCUAACCUGAGCCAAAUUAACUCAUUCUUCCGUUCUUAAAUUUAAAUCAUCAUACUUACGUAUCAAACUGCCUAAAAAAUAUUAGGCCAAAAAGUUUUCAACAAAUAGCUCUUUUUUUGGUUUCUUAUUUAGUGUCCAGUAUUCGCUUUGGGCCCUGUAUUUUUGUGGGGAAGAUCCAAUUUGGAUGUAAAACGUUAUAUAUCAAAGGAUUUCAUACCUAAAACUUGAACUUGAGAUGACUUUUGCUUAAGCACGAUAGAGUACUGAACACUCCACCACAAACAGUUGUGGUGCAAAACUAGGUGCAUAUGUCAUACACGUCUAACUUGAGAAUUUUUUGAUUCCUACCCACUUUCAAAACUUAUUUUGAUUCAUAGACACCAAGUUUCUUUUUGAUUUAUUUUUUAGGGUUAGGUUUUGAAAAAGGUAAAAAGUGGGUCAGAGUUGUGAGGUCAUAGGUUCCUUUAACAUUUUUAAAACUUGGGAAAAAAAUGCAAUUUUUUAAAAACUACCACAUGGUCCCUUUUAUAUUUUUCCAUUUUCAAAAUAUUUACAUUAAAAUCAUUUAAUAUUUUUAACUACACAUUUCUCUCUCCUCAAAACCUUCCUUCCCCCGUUUUGGUUCCUAUUUUUUCGAACAAAACUAUUCGGUUGAUUCUUGCUUCCUCAGGCAAAAUUUUUGAAUUUCUCUUGCUUGGGUAAAUGUAAUUUUCUUCCCCAACCAGUUCUAGAUCCAUUUUACUAAUUUUUUUCGAUGAUGCUUUGUGUUGGAGUUCUUCAAUUUUGACAAAAAUUGCACAGUUCUUCAUUGAAUCAGUCAAAAUUUGAGUGUUUUUAGUUAACAUUGUCGAUUUCGCAUGUUUAAUCGGGUUUUGCUUUUGAUAAUGAUUAGAUUUUUUCCAAUUUUUGUAGUUAUAUUGCGUUUGAUUUUAAUUGUUUUGUACUGAAUUAGACCCAUUUUAAUGGUGUUCUUGUUGUUGUGAAUUGCACUGCCAAUGUUCGAACUUGAAUUGCAUGUUUGAUGUGAGGUGUUUUUCCCGUUUUUUUUAAUAGACCAGUGGUCGAUAGAUCGACCACUGCAUAUUUGUUUUUGCUACAUUUGUUCAUUUUUGUAAUAGACCAGUGGUCGAUAAAUCGACCACUACAGAUUCAUUUUUUGCUGUAGAGCAUAAAUGGUGAAAAGAGUUCAUAGAGGGGUUAAAAGGCCUGCUUCCACUGCUUCUACCAGCAGAAAGCAAAAAUCCGAAGAAGUUUUGAAAACUUCAAAGAGAAAAAAAACCGUAGUCGAUGAAUCGGAGUCGGAAACUGAAUCAAGAAUUCUUGCUGAUAUUUUCGAAUAUGACUAAAGUAGUUCACAUGAGAGUGAGGAUGCUGGAGAUAGAGAAGGUAAAAACGAGGGAGAAAGCGAAGAAGAAAGUGAAAGUAAUAGUGGGGACGGUGAGGAUAGGAGAGAGCAGAGAUGGGGAGGAGGAUCCCCUAUCCUUGUCAAUUUGUGCGAGAGAUAUCUCUGUUGAUUCGUACGACCUAACAACCUGGAUGGAUGAUCUUGGCUUUUUUCCUACAAAGAUUUCUGUGAGAGCAAGUAUGACUGUGUAUCAAGAGUUUAGACGGGUUCUUGUUGAACAAAAGUUGUAUUGUGAUUUUAAGAAAACAUGUUUCAGAAACUUGAGGCAUAUUCUGGAACAUUUUAAGUUUAAUGGACAUAUGGUUCAUUAUAUGUUGCUGCGACGUAUAAAAAAUAAAAAAAACUGCAUGAAAUUUGGUUUUGUGUGAACGGUAAGCCAGCUUGGUUCGGCUUAAAAAAAUUUGCUUUGAUUAUGGGGCUGAAUUGUUCAACAUAUCCCUGUGAAUCAAAAAUGAACAAAGUCCUUCAAAAUGGAGAAAGCUUUCAUUUUAAGGUGACGAGGAACAAGAGCAUUAUUGCUGCAAAGUUGAUUAGCCUGAUGAAAGGUAAUAGGCUGAAUAAUCAACAAAAGUUGAAGUGUUCUUUGGUUUGGUUUGUGCACGCGAUGCUACUGACAAAGGACCCGUCAAAGAAGGUGGAUUCGGACCACAUCAAGAUGACAGCUGAUUUAGAAUUCUUCCGGGGGUAUCCAUGGGGGAAAGAGUCCUUUGAGCUGACCUUGAGCUAUCUGAAAAAAGAAGACUGAUCUGACCAAGCAGAAAGAAGCUUUUGUCAAGAGGAAUAAUGCAUCGUACGCGUUAUUUGGCUUUCCCUGAGCAUUUUUGGUACUUAUAAUCAACCAACCUAUUGAUUUAUUAUAGACUCCUCCAUAUUUAUUGAGUAAUACAUAGACACUGUAGACUUACUUGCGCUUUUAUUGAUUGCAAGUUUGGAUAUAUGAGGCCUUUCCUUAUGUAGGAAGGUACGCCGACAAGUCGUUGGAUUCUCCCCUGUCCAUUCCUCAUCUUCUUCGAUGGCACACGUUGAAGUGCGACAACAUAAUGGAAGGCGACCCGUUUAAGUACAAAGAAAACAAGACAAAGAUUGUGCACCCCUACCUUACCCCUACUGUCCGUGAGAUGGAGCAUAGAUACAUGAAAAAUUUUAAGCCAUACACGGAUGAAGUUAAGAAUACAUCCAUCGAUGCGUUGAAGGCGCAGCUAAAAGGAAUAACUAUCCCGACUUUAUCAGCGGAGGUCAUGGACGAAGACGAGGAUUUGGGUGGUCACCAUUAUGUUCCAAGUCCACCACACGCUUGUGAUCAUGCUGGUUCAAGUGGACACAAAACUUCACCAAACGUUUCUAAUAAUGAUGACCUGCGCGAGCGCGUUGCCUUGCUCGAGAAAAGUCUACUGGAUAUUGCUUAUUUUUUAUUAGAGAUGAGAGGUUGUGAAGAAUCAAGAAGAAUAAGAAGAACCAACAAGAAGAAGUGCACCUCGACAACCCUCCUCUUAGCUGGCAUCAAGUAAACCUCUAAGAACUUCCAGUCGCAGUGACGAAUAUGGUUGCAGCAGAUGAAAAAGGUGAAAAAGAGAAGAAAAAAGAAGAAACAAAAGAGGAUAAUACAACAGAUGAAGAAAAAGAAGAAGAAAAAGAAAUAGAUGAUGAGAUGACAGCUGAAGCAGAAGAAGAAAACAGGGAGAAAAUAAAAGAAGAUGAUGAAAAAAAUAAGAAGAAGAAGAAGAAGACAAAAACAAGAAGGCAGUUGAAGAAGAACUAGUGGUCGAACAAGAGGUUGAAAACAUAGAAGAAGAGAAGAAAUCAG